AGCCCCGCAUCCCUGUCACCGCCUUUAGAACCCUGCAGGGCUAAUUUUUUAAAAAGAAAAAAUUUCGCUGGCGGUCUUGCUUGAAUACUUCCCUCCUUGGAGAAGAGCGAGACAAGCAGUCAGACGCUCACGAUCACAUCACUGACACUCUUCUACCCAAUCCUCCGUCUCCUCUUCCUUACUAUACUCUUCCCCUUCUCCUUUUACAUUCCCCGGAUUAAACAAUGUCAGCCACAACCGGGACUGCCAAGGUCCUGGACUACCGGACGGCAGAGGAAGUCCUCAAGGAGUAUAACAGCCGCGAUGGUCUCAGCGUCCAGGAGCUGAUGGACUCCAAGGUCCACGGUGGCUUGACCUAUAAUGAUUUCCUUCUGUUGCCGGGCUACAUCGGCUUCCCUGCAUCGGAGGUUACACUGGACUCUCCGGUGACGAAGCGGAUUACCCUCAAGACUCCGUUCCUGUCGUCACCCAUGGAUACCGUGACUGAGCACGAAAUGGCAAUCCAUAUGGCACUUCAGGGCGGGUUGGGUGUUAUUCACCACAACUGUGACCCCGAUUCCCAAGCCGACAUGGUCCGCAAGGUCAAGCGCUAUGAGAACGGCUUCAUCCUGGAUCCUGUCCUGAUCACUCGGGACACCACCGUCGGGGAGGCUAAAAUGCUAAAGGAGAAGUGGGGGUUCGGUGGUUUCCCCGUUACAGAAUCCGGCAAGCUCGGCUCCAAGCUGCUAGGUAUCGUGACGAAUCGGGAUAUCCAGUUUGAGGAUGAUCUGAGCCAACCCGUGUCUAAAGUCAUGAUGACCGACUUGGUCACGGCGCAGGCAGGCGUGACGCUGAUGGAAGCAAACAAGAUCUUGGCAAAGUCGAAGAAGGGCAAGCUACCCAUCGUGGACAAGGAAGGGAACCUUGUUUCGAUGAUCUCGCGGUCCGAUUUGACCAAGAAUCUUGACUUCCCGCUUGCUUCCAAGCUUCCUGACUCGAAGCAGCUGAUCUGCGCCGCUGCCAUUGGCACCAGGCCAGAGGACAAGGAUCGGCUGCGAAAACUCGUGGAUGCCGGUCUUGACGUUGUUAUCCUUGACAGCAGCCAAGGUAACAGCAUGUAUCAAGUCGAUAUGGUCAAGUGGGUCAAGAAGGAGUUCCCUGGACUGGAUGUUGUCGGUGGCAACGUCGUUACCAGGGAGCAGGCCGCCACUCUGAUUGCUGCCGGUGUCGAUGGCCUCCGCAUUGGCAUGGGUAGCGGGAGUGCCUGCAUUACCCAGGAGGUAAUGGCAGUUGGCCGGCCUCAGGCGACAUCUGUUUACAGCGUCAGCUCCUUUGCCGCAAGGUUCGGAGUGCCAUGCAUCGCCGAUGGUGGUAUCCAAAAUAUUGGUCAUAUUGUCAAGGGCCUUGCUCUGGGUGCGACCACUGUCAUGAUGGGCGGUCUACUCGCAGGCACUACCGAGUCUCCCGGAACUUCGUUCGUUUCCAGGGAAGGCAAGUUGGUCAAGGCUUACCGGGGUAUGGGAAGUAUCGAUGCUAUGCAGGAUAAGAAGGCCGGGGCUGGCUCCGAGGACAGCCAGAAGAGCAACGCAGGCACGGCUCGCUACUUCUCGGAGAGCGACAGCGUGCUUGUUGCCCAGGGCGUCUCAGGGUCUGUUUCCCACAGAGGUUCUGUGAGCAAGUUCGUACCCUAUCUCGCGGCCGGGUUGAAGCACUCGAUGCAGGAUUGCGGCAUGAAGAGCCUCGAAGAGCUUCACCAGGGGGUUGACGGUGGCGUCGUGAGAUUCGAGAUCCGCACUGCCAGUGCCCAGCUCGAGGGCGGAGUAAACAUGGAGUCCUACGAGAAGAAGCUUUAUGCAUGAAGGGGAAGGAAACCCAAAACAAUGGAUUCUCCGGAGUUACUGGUAGGCUUGGUUCGCCAUCUGAUUUCUACGCAUGGAGGCAGAGUACAUCAGCCGUUUAUUUUGAUCUCGUCUGGAUUUUGCACAGGUGACGAAAAUGCACGAGUAGUAGAUAUCAUGCAUUGCUUGGGGCGUGGAAUUGGUGUUGGGGUUCUCGUAUAUUGCUCGGCAACCGGGCGGGAUCCAGGGGUUUCUAGAGUGAUGCUAGGUGACCCGCAAGGGCCGUACAUGACACGAUUCAUGUCAAAUAAAAUUAUCAAUCAAAUAUGAAACUAUCACAGGAUUGUCUCCGGG